UUUGUUGUUGUGAAAUAAGAUCUUUGUGUGGUACGUAGUUGUGCUGUGUGUAUGUUUGUGUUUAUAUAUUGGUUUGAUGAAGUUUUGGAGCGUAAUUUGAAAACAAUUGAUUUACAGAGAAAAGAACGCGAAAUGACCGUACUGCAAUGGCUCGCGCCAUUACGUUAGCUCUUCAAUUGUCUAGCAAAAGUUUUGUCAAAAGUAAUUUUUCGUGUGCUAGAUGUUUGACAGCUUCCGUAUUGAGGUAUAGCAGUAAAAAGAAUAGUGAGUUAGGUCAGACAACAAUUAUAGUUCAAGAUGGUUUGGAUAUUCAAGAACUUCCGACGAUAGUGCGGAAAGUGAAAGACGCUGAGGUUCUGCCAUCUGAAGACGUUUCUUCUGAAAGUACAGCAUCGAGGAUCGACGAUAAUCAUUAUGAGGAAGAUGCGAAAGAAGUUAUAGAUGCAUUCAGCCGAUGUUCCACAAAAAAUGGGGUCUACGUUCUUUUUGAAACCAUACCUUUGGAUGAAAAAACUUCAUUUGUUGCACUUCAGGCAUUCAGGAGGAUUGUUGAAUUAGAGAACAAUCAGCAGUUUCGUAAUGUCAGCUUAUACAACGAGGCCCCGGAAGUGUUUACUAGAGACAAAGCUUUUGAGAAGAUUUUUCAGUCCAUUGUGUCAAGCCCACAGGCGGACGUUUUGUUAGCAAGCUUAAAGUUAUUGAAUCGUGUAAAAUUUUUGAAGAAUACUACAGAGUAUCGAGACAAGCUCUUCAAUGCAGCUUUAAUGUGUGCUUCUGAUGGAAACUUCGAUGUUUUGCAAAUCUGUGAAAUUAUUGAUGUUUUUGCAUCGUUAAAAAGCAAAAAAGAUGCAUUGUGUGAAACCGACAAGUUAUGGACUGGUUUGUUAGAAAAAGAGAAAGAUAUAACGGAGAACAACAUAGUUGAAGUAUAUCGCAUAUUAGCACAUCUAGAUAGCAGUAGGAAUUUUGUCGUUAAAAUAUUAGAAAAGCGGCUAGCAGCAGUUUGGUGGCGUUUGUCAGGCGCAUCAGUUGCAGAAAUAUUAUCAGUGUUUGCUGAAACCAACCUUCAACCAAUACGCAGUUUAACCAUCUUGUCCAGAUGGACAAAUACAAACAUACAUGUUGUGACAGAAGAUGAAAUUUUACAGAUCAUUACAGGAUUUUGUGCCGUUAACUAUAUAGAUGAAAAUUUGGAGAAAGGUCUUGAAAGAUACAUUAAAGCCAAGAGUUUAAAGAUAAAGAACGCAGCGGUAAUGGGGGCCGUAAUGGAUUAUUGCGUUAAAUUUAGGUUCCGAAAUAAUUUUAUUUUGCACGGUUGUGGAGAGUAUUUCAUAAAGUUUGGAUCAGAACUUUCUCCUGUUUUGAUAAAAGCACUGUUUACACCAUUUGGCAUAUUAGAUUAUGAUCCACCCAAUGGCUGGAAGUUUUGGCAAGUCCUUGAGAAUUCUGUGCACAGUAAGUUUGUACAGUUUAGGCCUGAGGAUAUUGUUGAUAUAAUGUUGAGUUGUGUGUAUUUAGAGAAAUACCCAAUUAAUUUUGUUAAAAAAAUCUUUAAUCCCUAUUUCCUUGAUAGGUUGCACACUACUCGCUCAGGAAUGUCCUUGCAAAUUUUGAGACAGAAUCUAGUUAUUUUUGAUAUUGCCAUGACUUUAGAAUGCUUGCAGUAUUCUGGACCAUUACUACCCAAAGAUGGAUCUGCAAAAAGUCUCUGGCAAGAUGGACGCAUAAAACGCAUGAUCAACACAAUAUAUGAUACAAUUGUAGACAUUACAGGUCAUCCAAGCAGGGUGAGCACGUUGGUUCUAUUAAACCAGCUUCCUGUCCUAGAUCUGUAUGUGAUAGAUAUAUUGUUACAUCCCAGUAAUAUGCCUGCUUCUAUGCUGCAGUUUAAUUUGCGACAGAAUAGGAACUUAUUUGUUGCUCUUCUAAUCCAUGUGCCAGAACAUUAUUGUUCAGAUGGUGUUCACCUAACAGGGCCACAAGUGAUGCGAAAGAGGCAUCUUAAGCGACUUGGUCUUAAAGUUGUUAGCCUUAAGUACAAUGAACUGGCCAGAUUGAAAGUUCAUCCAAAAAGUUUAAUUGAAUAUAUAGAAGACAGAAUGAAAAAUGCUGAGAUCCCUGUGUAAAAGUGCUCCUGAUACAGGAAAAUUUAUGAAAGAUAUGCUGUCUUGUUAAGAUUGUAUGUUAUUGUCUUGUAAGGAAAACUUGUUCAACGUAUGAAUAAUUGGGAGCCUGCCUUCACUGGAAAAGCAUGAGAUGUACUAAAGAACAGUUUUUGGAAACAGUUCUGUGCAUCAUUAGAAAGAGAUAAAUUUGUGAUCUGUACUAAUACCAGACAUACGUUUACAUACAGACUUGGGAGAGUCUUAUGUAAGGACUAAGACAUGAUAACAUAUUUGCAUUCACAUUUGUCCCUUUUUUGUUUUUUAUCUUUCCUCAGCAUGGACUUUUUGAGCUUGUUGUGCAUGUGCCAUAUCAACAGAUCUGAACCUGAUUAAGUGUGAUAUAAAAACUGCAACAUAUCCAUCAUUUUUAUGGUGUGAUUGUUUUGUCCUAUACGAUUACAUAUUCAUGGAGGGGGCAAUUAUUUCAAUAUUUUUGUUAUUUGUAAUACUGUUUAUUAAUUCCAUGCAGACCAGUUAAACUAUCUUCAGCAUAUCACUGCUGUUGGAGCCAUACUGUCUUGUUUCUUCAACAGACAAGUCUUGUGUGAACUCGUAGCCUAAUCCGGACCUACAUAGUCAUUACAAUCCAUCAUACCCAUCAUAAUGUUUGUCAUUCAGCCUUUGCUGGGAUUGUAACAAGUCUCAGUUCAGCUAGUCAAGUUCAUUGUAAGCUUUGAGGCAGAGAAUGGAGAGUGAUUACUCCUUUACAUUCAGUAUUGUGAUCUUAUAGUGGUCAUUUUCUUAACAUGUACUUAAAAAAUAACCUGUAAAUGAAUACCAUACUGGUGCUUGUGUGUAACAUCAUGAUAAUGUAGUUUUAUGUUGCAAUGUCUUUCUCUUUUUUUUUGAUGGAAUAUUUCCUGUGAGUAAAUUGUCUGUGACAAAAACCUCAUAGUAACUUGGCAGAUAUUGAGCCAUUAGAUUUGAUGGUAUGUUAUAAUGAGAGAGAAGAAAUGUCCCCCGUCAAAAAGUGAUUUCAAGAGUUGAGAAAUUUCCCAACGUAGCCAUAGUUUUUCCUUGUGACAAAGAUUGUUAUAUUUAUGUUUUUUAUUGACUGUAUUUUGAAAAUAUAUAUUUAUUAAAUUGUUUGUUAAAA